AUGUCGAACUGUUGCCAAGCAGGAAAGGCGGCUCCAGAUUCCUACAUCCCACGCGGGCAAUAUGCGAUCCUAGGCGGCGUUAUUUGUUACGUUAGUGACGGCGAACUGGACUCGCACGCUGGAAAAGGAGUUUUGCUGCUAUUGCCCGAUGGCUUCGGCCUGGCGAAGCACAAUCUGAUACUCGCAGAUACCUUUGCAAAAGAAGGAUGGCAAGUGAUCAUACCCGACUAUUUCGAAGGAGACCCGUUGCCUAUUCAAUUCCUCAAGCAGGAUCACUCUUUGUCCAUCGAUGAGCAACCAUGGCCCGAGGAAGAGAAGCAAAUCCUCCGGGACCUAGACUUUUCAUCCUGGCUUCAACGACACGACCAUGCGAAGGUCUCUGCCCUUCUCAACAACUUGGCCAGCCAUAUUAAAGGCCACUACCCCAAUGCUACAGUUGUCGGCGUAGGGUAUUGUUUUGGCGGCAAGCAUGUCCUGAGGUUGAGUAAGGACAUGCUGGCAGCGGCUGCUUGCUUUCACCCCAGCUUUGUGGAAGCCGAGGACAUGGAUGGCAUUCAGGCGCCUCUCUACAUCGGACUGGCUGAGAAGGAUGACAUGGUCCCUGCUUCACUACCCGAAGACCUUUGCCACUGGGCAAACAGCAGAAUGGGUCCGAAUGUACCCUUCAAGAUAGAGAGCUUUCCACAGAUGGGACAUGGAUUUGCUGCACGGCCUGAUACCGAUGACGGGAAUGUUCGUGCCCAGUACCAAACGGCAUUCAUUCGUACACUUGAGCACUUUAACGAGUUUACUCCCGGUAGAAAAACGCAUUAG